AUGAUAGGAAACAGUCAUUUUGGCCUACAGCUGCUUCCUUAUGACAACCUGGAGUCUGUUCAGAGGGGCGUUUAUAAAGACUUGGUUUUAUUGCUCCAGAGGAAUAAGUACCUGACGGACAAAGAUCUUAGAGCUAAGGGUGAGUUUACAUUUUCUGGUGAUAAGUUGAUUGAAGGUGGACAGUAUGGUGAGAUGACAAACGGUGUCAAGUACCGGGAAGUUCGACAGUACCAGACAGAUUAUCAUUUGAUCCGGUUCUAUUUUGUAACACGUUGCUACAACUCGUAUAUAGAGUCCAUACUGAGCGACUUGUCAAAGGAGCCUUUACCGGAUGUGGUGAUCGCAAAUUCCUGUUUGUGGGAUAUCAGUAGGUAUGGUCCAUCAUCGGUGGAGCAGUACAAGAAAAAUCUCGACACAUUGUUUAAGAGAUUUAGUGAGCAGCUGCCUAAAACAUGCCUUGUUAUGUGGAACAUGACACUCCCAAUAUCAAAGAAAGCAAGGGGCGGAGUUCUGAUUCCUGAGGUUGAGCACCUUAACGUCAGCUUGAGACUGGAUAUUCUAGAGGCAAACUUCUAUGUUCAUAAGCUUGCAGUAGAAUAUGGGUUUGAUACAUUAGAUCUUCAUUACUAUCUGAGGCAUCAGUUACAAAGGAGGGCAGGUGAUGGUGUACAUUGGGAUAUGACGGCUCACAGGAGAAUGACAAAUCUUAUUCUUACACACAUGGCCGAGGCAUGGGGAGUCAAAACACCCGGGCAUGCCAAGAGAGUGCUCCUUCAGAGGCAGCCAUUGAAAAAGACAGACAACCGUCCAAAUAGCUUCAGUCCGAAUUUUAAUUUUGGACUCGGUAAUCAACGUCAGAUUACAGAUAACAUGCCCGCUGUACCUGGUCAGUUCAUGGGGAACUACAUUAACAACAUGGUCGUCAACAACGGACUCGGUAAUAUGCAGAACAAUAGAAUGUCCUGUUACCAGACUGACCAAAUACCACAAUUGAUGAACUCAAAUUUACUGUCUCAACAGUUUGAACAUAUGCGUCAACAGAAUGCAAAUGUCUUCCAGACCAAUGACAAUUUCAGUCAACAAAGACAAAGUUUGGGCGAGUUUGGGAAUCAGAUCAGGAACUCAAACUUUAGAGGUAUAGAUAUGACCGGGAUGAGGAUUCCAGAUAGUAUGGAGAUGUUCAGUCAACCAUAUGGGAAUGAGAAUUACGAGCCGGGACUCAGAGGUCAUGGUUUUGGGAACCAGCAAGUGAGGGAGAGGAACCUGCCAUAUAGAUCAUCAAAAAGAGGUCAAGAAACUGUCAACCCAUACUCACAUGCUUAUUAGUGUGUUCUAUUUUUGGAAAAAGUAUUUGAAUAGUAUAAUGUAUGGAGUAUAUUUUAGUGCUGUAAGCCAAAAUCCAAUGAGAUAUGAAAGUGUGUAUUUUUUAUUCUAGUCAAUCUAAUAGCCAAACAAUAAGUUUAAUCGAAUUUGUCCGUGAUAUGACAAUAUAAGCAAUGGCCAUAACAUUUUCCUUCUAUAAGCUGAAGCUUUCAUACCUAGAAACAACAUAAAUAUGGACAACAGCAUCUUUACAUUUUGUGUUAUGACCUUGACCCUUGAGUGACAUUCACUUUCAACGUCAAAUAUUUCAAUUCCAGUAAUUAAUCUAACAAAUUCAUUUCCAUUUUCUGAUAAGGCCUUUGUGUUUUACCAACCUAUAUAGGAUUCUAGUAAGAUUAUUCACAAUAAGCCUAAAUUUAUUUUGUGUAAUAAGAAUUAAUAAUUUUAAAUGGGAAUGAAUGUUGGGGGGUACUCUCUUCUUGAACAAAUUAGGAUAGUAUUUUAUGUUGCCAUUUGGUUUGUUCAUAAGACUCACUGAAGGUUACACAUAGUUUUAUCAGUUACUUUGGUAUGUAGUUACUUUGCAAAGAUAAAGUUAUACUUUCUGAUCGAGUUUUAAAGUCAAUAGGGUGAAGGUCACUGGGGUUAAAAAAAAAAUUUUGUUUUUAUUUAGCUAUUGUUUUGGCUACGCCAAAAAGGCUUGAACUUCUGGGACCUUUUUUUGUCACAGAUUUUCUUCUUUAUAUAAAAUAUUGUUACUACAUGUAGUUGAAUGUGCUUUCAUUUAGGUUACUUGUAAAUUUGUAAAUACAAAUGUUUUGUUUUUUCCUUUAUUGUUUUAUAUUUUCAGACAAAAGUGAGAUUUACUUUUGAUCCUUUGUCUUAAAAUGUUUCAUUUAUUGUAAAAGAUGUCCUCUUGAUAUUGCAUUUUGUCUAUUGUUUCUUUGAUGUGAUACUUAGAUUUAUCAGAGAGAUAUAAAUCAUAUCACACUGUUUGAAACAAGGUGAAAUAUAAAGAUUUGGUACAUGUUUUAAACAGUGAAAGAAAGUGCAAUAUAGAAUACUAAAAACAUAGAGAUAAUAAAAAAUAUUGUCAUCAUGUGUCAAGAUGUUUUAGUAAACCUGAUGUAAAAUUGCAUCAUUUGGUGGGAUUUGUUAAGUAAUGAAUGUCUUACAAUUUCAUAUGCAACAAAUAUCUUCACUCUCAUUUAUCUGGUAUGAUAAUUGGUAUUUGUGUUUUGGUUACAUAUACAAGUGUAGUUUAUUAGACUCUUAAGCUACUGAAAUCAUGUAAUGGAUUUGCGUUGGUUUGAAUUUGGAACACACUAUUCAGAGUUUAGCCCCUUAUUGAGGAGGUGUUGCCUUUACAGAUUGAGGCAUCCGGAUUGCAUCAACUUUUUAACCUUACAUGAUUGAAAAAAGCAACUAAAUGGGUUCAAAUUACUGGAGUUUUGCGCAUCUCUUAGCUCCAGCAGGUGAGAUGGUUUUGACCUAUAGUGUUACUUAAAGUUUGUAACACCUGAGGUUUUAGCAAAAAAACAUCUUUUGAAACGAAAAUAGAAUUUACAAGAAACAAGAAUUCAGUAUUAAAUAUACAAAAUUUUAGCUGCCUACAGGAUAUACAUUGAAACCUGGUCAGAUUGCACAUAUGUUAAGACUUACCUGACUACAUUGGUGUCAAAGGUUAAACACUUUUAGUUCAGACAGGUUCAUGGUUUUAGAAUAUAUUAAACCAUUUAGUGUUCUAAUUAUUCCAUUGAGAAAGUGGGAAUAUAACUGAAUAUGUGUACUCUGGUUUAUAUAUUGUGUAAAUAUGUUAAUACUGUUAUUUGUUAUGUGUUCAUUUCUUUCCUUUGAUUAAUUACUAUUAAAUUUUCUUCUUUUUUUGUCCAUUUUUGAUGCUAUUCAUUUGUAUAAUUAUGGUAAUAAGGGACCAAGAACUGACAUUUUUUUGGUGCUAUUUAUAUGUAUAACUAUGGUAAAAAGGAACCAAGAAUUGUCAUACAAUAAAGUUAUCUUGACUUUAGAAAAAUAGCAGAUCUAAUCCAUUGUUAAUUAAGUUGAAAUUUUGAAUAUGCAUAAAGGUAUCAGGGCUAUUUCUCAAGCAUCUAUAAAUGGAUAAUAUCAAAACUUAUCACUUGCAUUUUCAGUAAUGACACAUUCUAAGGGAAUUAAUUUGUGUAACUCAAAGCUGUAUGUAGUAAGACUUAAUGGUCCUUGAAAAACUUAAACUUUGCAGUCAGGUUCAAGUAUAUGCAAGUUCUAAUUCCAUAACCACCGAAAGUCUCACCUUUGAAAUUCCAUACAUGUAUUGUAAUCAUAUUGUAGGUCUCUUAUCAAAACACAUAAAUCUAGCACGGAUUGUCCUUUAUGAUCUUAGAAACUUCCAUAUUUAAGAAAUGUGUGUUAUAACUAUAUCAUCAAUGGUGAGUAUUUCCUUGGAACCAUUGAACUUUCUCUUGGGAAAUGAUUGUAGCUUACUGACCAAGACACUAGCAUUUACCAUUGUGAACUUACAACAACAUUUCUGCUUUGCUCUUGUUUUAUGAGAAUACAUGUAGUUAAACAGGCUGUCGUAUAAUAGGCUGAUAGCUUAUGUCUUUGUAAAAAUUAGUUGUUCAUCCUUUGAGCUAGACAUGUCACUUUAAUAUACAACAAAAAUUGUUG